CCCUAGUGAGGAACCAAUAACUUUGUAUGCGCGAAAACUAUGGGGAAGAAACGAAAGCACAGCGAAACUGAAGCUCCGGCGCCGGCGAAGAAGAACGAAGAUGCUCCGGAGAGACCCAAACGGACCCUCUUGGGUUGGAAAGAUAAGAAUGAAGUCGCUGUGAAAUCUGACCCUUCAUCGUCUUCUGUAUUCAGGAACAAAGAGAAGGUUCUCGUCACUUGUUCCAGGCGGAUCAAUUUCAGGUAUCGGCAUCUGAUGUUGAACAUGGUCUCUCUUUUGCCGCACUGUAAGAAGGACAGUAAGGUCGAGGCCAAGAGCAGCAAAGGUGCGACUUUGAAUGAGCUUGUCGAGCUCAAGGGUUGUUCUUCCUGUUUAUUUUUCGAGUGUAGGAAGCACCAAGACCUUUACCUGUGGAUGGUCAAGUCCCCCCAAGGACCAUCUGUGAAGUUCUUGGUUAAUGCUGUCCACACAAUGGAGGAGCUAAAGCUCACUGGAAACCAUCUAAAAGGGUCACGCCCUCUGUUGACAUUCUCAUCCAAUUUUGAGAAAGAUGUUCACUGGAAGCUUUUGAAGGAGAUGCUUAUCCAAAUUUUUGGAACUCCUAAGGAACACAGGAAAUCAAAGCCAUACCAUGACCAUGUGUUUGUUUUCUCUAUAGUUGAUGACCAUAUAUGGUUCCGGAAUUACCAGAUAUCGGUCCCUCAUAACGAAUCAGACAAGAUUGCACGAGGUGGCCUGGAUAAAAUGACCCUUGUUGAGGUUGGUCCAAGGUUUUGUUUAAAUCCAAUCAAGAUCUUUGGAGGCAGCUUUGGAGGUCCUACGCUUUAUGAGAACCCGCUUUAUGUAUCGCCGAACCAGAUAAGAGCAAUGGAGAAGAGGAACAAAGCAGGGAAGUUUGCUAAGAAAGUGAAGGCGAAGACGAGGAGGAAGAUGCAUGAGCUGUCGAACCCAUUGGAGCCCGAUGAAUUUGCAGGCAUGUGGAAGGAUGAAUGAAUCAAUUUCCAGGAAAAUCUCGGUGUUGGUACUUUCCCUGACAUGAAUCCGCAGACCAUGUCUUUUGUUUGUCUUUGCCAAAACACUUGUAACCAAAGUGAGUGAAGUUGAUUUUACGUCCAUCAUUCAAUGUCCUAGAGAGUUUGCAUGCAGUCUCUUUGUUUAUUCAUCGCGAAUGAUUAAGGGCUUCGCCUAUAAGUGUGUGUGAUCCCAUUCAAAACGGGUGCAGCAAUCCAA